CCCCUGGGCUAACAUCCUGCCCAUCUUCCUCCACAAAGUCUCCCUGUUAAUGGGGGAUGCGGAUGGCCCAGGAGACGGGGGCUCCCUUGACUGACGUGGCCAAGCAGAGGGUGGACCGCUGCGUGGUGGGGUGUUGUAGGGACGCCUGCUUGGCCUCACCUUGCCUUUCUUGGGGACAGAAUCCGGCUGUGCUGUCCUUGAAUGGCUCCCUCCUGGUCCACGCCUACGUGGCCAGCCUGGCGGCUCAGGUGUCUUCUGGGGACACCUUUGCCCGGGCCCACGUCCACACAUCCUGCAGCCACACUGCCCACUUGGACGCCGGCCUCCAGCAUGCGUGGCCUCCACUUCAGGCUCUGGGGGUCGCCCCUGACAACCACAUCCGAGUGUCCGUGGGGGGAGACAAACCCCCCAGGGCCCAGCUGGAGGUGGCCCUGGGCCAGUGCACCCUGACUGCCCACGGGGACGUCAGGACUGAGGCCGAUGCCAAACGCACCAACUGGACCUUGUCCCUGGAGAAUCGCUGCCCCCCGCUGGAGGCAACAGGUGUCCCGCGGGCCCUGCGCUCUGAGGGCCACCUGAGCUGGGGCCGCUGCGAGUUCGACCUGGCCGCGGGCCUCCACAGUGACAGCGGAGACGCCCACCUGCAGCUGGUCCGCGCCUGCGGGCCCCAAACCUCGGUCCUCGGUCACCUGACCCACUCCCUGCCCCUGCUGGGCCGCCUGGGCCUGCCACCCAGCAGCACCAUCAACCUGACCGCCGGGGCUGGCCCCACUGCCCGCAGCUCCCUGGCCCUCCGGGGGGGGCCGUGCCAGCUGCAGGGCACACUGGAACAGCAUGCUGGGAACCGCAGCGCGUGGACACUGGCUGCCGAGCCGGGCUGCCCGCUGCUGGAGGCCCUGGGGGUCCCGGGCCGAGUCCACGGCUCCGGCUACAUCGUGGUGAACUCCAUGGCUCUGGACACCCAGGUGCUGGUCACCGUGGACGCCAGCACACUGCGGGGGCUGCUCAUCCUCAAGACCACUGAGACCCAGCAGGAGGUGGACGUCUUGCUCAAGCACAACCUGCCCCGGCCCGGCCCCUGGGCCCUCCCAGCCCAGGUGCUGCUGGACCUGGCCACCGAGAGGCGCGGGCCCAGCUACAGACGCACCCUACGGGUCGGAGUGGGCGGCAAACAGGUGUCCGAGGAGCUGACCUUCACUCGGCGGCCAGAGCACGUCUCCCUGGACUACACACUCCAGCACAACAUCCCCGCGCUGCGGACGCUGCGGGUGGAGGACAGGAUGGGCCUGCAGGUCAGCCCUGGCGCGCGCCGGUGAUGAGGGAAGUCCAUGCGGUCAGCCACGCAUUCAUUCAACAAACCUGAAAGUACUGAGGACACAAUGGGGGGGUAGAACAAGGUUCAGACCUCCCUCUGAGCCGCAGUCUCCUCCCCGCUUCCCCAUCGCGAUGGCACUGCCCACCGUCCUCCCAGCCGUGCAGGCAAAACCCUCGGAGUCACUCUCCAUCCCUCUUCUUCACUCACGCACAGAAUCCCCCUUCAGCAGUGCUGCCGGCGCUGCCUCCCGAGUGUGCCCAGAACCCGACCCCUCCUCACCCCUCAGCUUCGUCGCCUGCUCCGAACCCCCUCAGGUCACACCUGGGUUCUAGCCACCUCGCUGGGCUCCCUGCAUCCACCCUUGUCCCCUCUGGUCUCGUCCCCACCCAGCAACCCCCUGAGUCCAUUCGAGUCCCUCCCUCGGCCCAGCCCACCGUCCCGCCAGGAUCUGCCCAUCUGCUCUCCCAGCUCACCUCCCACCACUCCCCUCGCUGACCUUCUGCAGCCGUGCUCGCCUCCCCCAUUCCUCAAACGCGCCCGGUGCACCCCUGCGCCGGGCCGAUGCUUGUUCCCUUUAGUGCCAGCUCCUGGCCUCCUCCGGUCUUUGCACACACGUCCUUUCUCAGGCCUUCCCUGGCCACCUGGUCAAUGUCACCCCCUCCCCAACCCUCUACAAAGAAAAAACUCUUUUCUCCUCUCCUCCUCACAUGGGACACGUCUGUGAUCAGAUGUGUGGGGUUUUCCCCACACCGACCAAUUCUCCGACACCAGCUGGGUGUCCUGCAGUUUGGUUCAGUUCUGACGCUGGAGUUAGCACAGACCCCACAGGUUGCGGGCUCAGUCCCACAGGACUGCCCCCGCUUCAGACGCCAGUCACAAGUCCCAGCGUGUCACUUCUGACCUGCCAGCCAGAAAUCGGAGUCCCCAUGAAAUCGGGGAACCCCUCCUUGGGUCCGAUCAUUUGCUAGAACGGCUGGCUCACAGCGCUUAGAAAAAGACCUCCUUACGUCCGCUGGUUUGUUAUGGAAUAAAGGAUACAGAUGAAGAGGU